GCGGUAAUGCACAUCUUCAAGUUAUUUGCCAACUGCCAAAAAAUAACACAGAAGAAGAAGAAGAUCGGGUGAAGUUAAAAUGGCGGCUCCUGUUGACAACGAUCUAAUCGAAAGUGAUCUAUCCAAAGCUGUGCAGCUGCUGAAUAAUCUAACAGAGCAGGUAGCAUCGGUAACCAGUCAUGUUCGUGAGCUGCUAACUAAGGUCAAGGAUGGAGUGUUCAAGACUUCAAAGGGCUUGUCCUUCUUGGACCUUCGCUACAACCUCCUGCUCUUCUACCUUCAGGACCUCACUCAUCUGAUCAGCAUCAAGACUGAAGGAGGCAAGAUAAAAGACAGCGAAGCUUUGAGCAGAGUGGUCACAAUCAGAACGGUCCUGGAGAAAAUGCGACCUCUAGACCACAAACUGAAGUACCAGAUUGAUAAACUGGUGCGCACAGCUGUUACUGGAAGCUUAGCUGAAAAUGACCCGCUGCAGCUGCGCCCAAAUCCUGAAAAUCUCAUCAACAAACUGAGUGAAUCGGAGGACUCUGACGGAGAAGAGAACAAGGCGGCCCCCGGCAAGAAAGCAGCUCACUCUAGUGGCAGGAAAUAUGUACCACCAAAGAUUGCGCCGGUGCAUUAUGAUGGCGACAUGACUGAAGCAGACAGGAAGAAGGCUCAGAUGGAGCGGCAGAAACGCGCAGCGCUCCGAAGCUCUGUGAUCCAGGAGCUUAGGCAGCAGUACAGCGACGCUCCAGAGGAGAUCCGGGAUAGACGAGACUUCCAGACGGAGAAGCACAGCCGAGAGGAGCUCCACAGGAAAAAUUACGAGGAGUCAAUGAUGGUGCGUCUGAAUGUGCCGAAGCAUGAGAGGAACGCGAGGAAGAGGAGCACGAUGGCCAUGUCCAGCCAGCUGAACGGCAUCACACGCUUCGGUGACAUCACAGCUCUGACCGGCGGUGAAGGUGGACAGGAUGGGGAAACACAACCGAGGAAAAAGAAGAAAAUCAUGAAGAAGAAAACCAAAAGGAGAGCCUUCAAGAAGCAAAGAUAGGCCAAGCUGUGAUGUGCAAUGAUGUCAGAACACAAAAUGAAAAUAGUUUUUCUUUUUUUUUUGACAACUUCUAAUAUUUACUGUUGUUGGUAAUAAACUCCACAUCACUGCU